AUGGAUGAUCAAUCGAGCAAAUUUUACACUCGACUCACUGUGCUAACAGCAACACUGAGUUCGUUGAGUGUUGUUUCGCUAAUGAUUGCAAUACCAACAAUUUAUUUCAAGGCGGAUUAUGAACGUGCCUUCAUCUCAGAUAGAUCUCAAAAAUUCAAGACUGAAACGAACGAGCUAUGGCAACGCAUGACAACGUUAAGCAAGCCUCGAUCAACAACAUAUCGCAUCCAAAGGUCACCGUGGUCGAGAGUGACCUGUCAAGGAUGUACUGCUCUCAGUUGCCCGAUGGGUCCACCAGGUUUGAGUGGACGUGCAGGAGAAGAUGGUACUCCAGGCACUGCUGGUAAUCCCGGACCGGCUGGAGAGGACGGCUUCGAUGUGGAACUGGCUCCUGAGGAUGAUCUGCCUUGUGUCAUUUGUCCUGCUGGCCCACCUGGACAACGUGGAUUACAAGGAGAACGAGGUGAGACAGGCAGUAAAGGGAUGAGAGGGCCAGCAGGUACACCAGGUUUGAUGGGGGUUGACGGUCCUCCUGGAUUACCGGGUGCUCCGGGGCCUAUCGGUCCGAAAGGACCUCGAGGGGUUCGUGGCCCAAGGGGUGACGUUGCUAUCGCAGGAGUGGGCAUCAAAGGUCCCCGAGGACCUCCUGGACCUAGCGGCCCCAAGGGUCCAACUGGACCUCGCGGCAAGCCUGCCAAGAUAGCUGGAUUCGCUGGUAAACCUGGGUCGAUCGGCCCCAUUGGACCACCUGGAGAGCCGGGUAAACGAGGCGAGGAUGGACCAUGGGGCCCUCCUGGAGAACCUGGAAUGCCCGCAUCCUACUGUCCAUCAGAUUGCGGUGUCUCGCAGAUACUAGCACCAGCAUAUGUUGACGAAGAACCAGUGAAUUGA